AGCAAAUAGAAAACAACCAAGAACGUGAAUUCACUGUCAGCUUUGAACACUGAACAAGAGGAUUAUAUCUGUUUCUGGCAAACAUGAAAUCAGACCUCUGGUGUUUCUUUCUCUUCUGCUUCCAAAUUGAAGUUGUAGCAGGAGAAAUCAACGAUUCUGCCAAUUAUGAGAUGUUCUCGUUCCACAAUGGAGGUGUAAAAGUUUUAUGCAAAUAUCCUGAGAUUGUCCAGCAAUUUAAAAUGCAGUUACUGAAAGGGGAACAAAUACUUUGUGAUCUCACUAAGACAACGGAUAGUGGAAACGCUGUGUCCAUUGAGAAUCUGAAAUUUUGUAAAUCCCAGUUGUCCAACAACAGUGUCUCUUUUUUUCUGUAUAACUUGGACAGUUCUCAUACCAGCUAUUACUUCUGUAAACUAUCAAUUUUUGAUCCUCCUCCUUUUCAAACAGGCAUUCUUAAAAGAGAAUAUUUGCAUAUUUAUGAAUCAGAAGUUUGUUACCUACUGAAAUUCUGGUUAUACAUAGGAUGUGCAGCUUUUGCUGUAGUCUGUGUUUUGGGAUGCUUAUUUACUUUUUGGAUUACAAAAAAGAAGUAUCAAUCCAAUGUUCAUGACCCUAAUAGUGAAUACAUGUUCAUGGCAGCGGUGAAGACAGCCAAAAAACCUACACUCACAGAUGUGACUCCAUAAUCUGGAACUCUCUGGCACCCAGGCAUGAACUACGUUGGCCAGUUUUCCCUAACCUGAAGUACAAGAUUCCCUCAUUUCCUGG